AUGACAUCUCAAGUUACUCAACUAUCCAGAUCUGUAGCCAAAGCCGUUCAUGCUGCGGAAACUCCAGAAGGGGUGGGAGCAACGGUCAGAAGGUCGAUAGGAAGUCAAGCUUUGAGAAAUUUGAGUCCUUUUCUGAUGUUAGAUCAUGCUGCUAUUUCACCUGGCAGCGGAUUCCCGGAUCAUCCUCAUAGAGGUCAAACAACCGUAACUUAUGUGUUGGAAGGAAAGAUGCAACAUGAGGAUUUUCUGGGAAAUUCAGGAAUAUUAGAAAAAAGUGACGUACAAUGGAUGACGGCCGGUAGGGGUAUAGUACAUUCUGAAAUGCCUCUUUUUGAACCUGAUGCUGGUGAAGAAGAUGUAGUGGAGGGUUUACAAUUAUGGGUCGAUUUACCAAAAGAUAAGAAAUAUAUCGAACCGAGUUACCAAGAGAAAAAAGCGGAGGAUAUCACUACUGUUCAUCCUAAGGACGGAGUGGAGAUAACCAUCAUCUCGGGAGAAUCUCAUGGUGCCACCGGGUUCGUGAGACCUGUGGGGGGUUGUUGGUACAUCGACAUCAAAUUACAAAAACCUGGAAUUUCAGUCUUUCAACUCAUUCCAGAAGGUUGGACUGCUUUUGUCUAUAUCAUCACAGGUACUCUUCAAAUCGACAACAAUCCAACCUUUUAUGCCAAACACCACACCCUCGUCUUCACCUCUGAGAAGGGUCAAAACGGUAUUCUUCUUUCCCGACCCGAUAAUGUCGAGGGAGAACAGACUCGUGUAGUGCUUAUCGCUGGUGAACCCCUUGAUCAACCUGUGAUACAGUACGGUCCCUUCGUUGUGACUUCGCAAGAGGAAGCUAUGAAAGCUGUUUAUGAUUAUAGGAAAGGGGUGAAUGGGUUUGAGAAGGCUAAUGUGUGGAAAAGUAAGAUUGGGUCUGCGAUGAAGCAUUAG